AUGGAUGCCCUCUCCUCCAAGGCUGGGAUGUUCGAUGGAAAGCCGAAGAAGGGUAAUCUACGUCUGGAUGGCAAGCCAGAGGCGAGGAAGGCGGACACCUGGCAGGACCAGCCUAAGGCAAAGAAGCUGGUGGCCGACCUGACCGACCUGCACUUUGAUGAGUUUCAGGUCCCAACACUCUACUAUGCCCUCUGUAUGAAUGAUAGGGGAGCUGUAACUGGUUGAUGACUGUAUGAGCGAUGGGGAGGGAAGCCGGUGCUGGUGUGUAAGCAGAAAAACAGGCUCUAGUUUAGAAUAACCAGUUAGCCUACCCUUCUGUUGCUUUCUUAUUGUAGUUAAUUUUGGACAGUACACCUGUGUAGCUGCAUGAGUGAUAUCAGAUUUUGUGGGAAACAUGGCUGGCUUGGCUUGAAGUGUAUAUGAUUCUGUGUAGGUGACUGCCAGUGUUUUUACUGUACUCAUGCAUUGUGUGUAUGUAGGCCAGGACUAUAUUGAAUUCAAGUGGGAAAUGUCUGGUCUGGCCUCUCCUCCGUGGCAUUAAUGUGCAAUGUAGCUCAGCAGCACAGAGUAGAGACAGGCAGCCUGACAGUGUGUUUUCUACAUCAGGUUACUGUAUUCUCUGCUCUGCCUUAGAUGGAUCAUGGCCAAGACUCAUAGUACUGUAUUGUAUCUGUUGCUCAGACAUCACUGAUUACAUACUGUUGCUCAGAGGUGGACUGGGAUGGAAAAAGGAAGAAAUUGUUCAUUUUUCUGUAGUGCUGCUUGUGUUCAGUCUUCAGCCACAAUACAAAGCCAUUAAUCUUUUUUAUUCCUCUCUUCCUCCUCCCCCUCUUUUUGUCCCCCCUCAGGCCGACCAACUAACAGAGGAGCAGAUUGCCGGUAAAGAGUUCAACGCACAUGCACGCACACAUUUCAGUUUUCAGCUGUGUAUGAAUAUUUAAUGUGAGUGAGGCAUGUCAGCUAGCUAGCUCCUGCCUGCUGAUAAACUCUGCUCUGGACGUAAUGGCAGACCGAGACCUAGCAGACAUACCUGUUGUUGGCGAGACGUUUUAUCCACUCACCUUUACAAUGAACAAAUGUAAUCCUUUCAAGCCGAGGCCAUAUCAUAGCCCAUGAGGUCAAACUGAGGUGUGAUUAUUACUGGUUGAAAAUGUAACUCAAUACAAUGAACAAAUGUAGCCUAGAUGAGUUGGCCCAUAUGUAAAAUGUAUACAUGCAUGACUGAGUCGCUUUGGAUAAAAGUGUCUGCUAAAUGGCAUACAUUAUGAGAUAAAAGUCAAUUUAAAAAGUCAGUGACUGUCUAAUCAAGUUGUUAAUGUAGCUCAGCUGUGAUCUUUUUCCUUAUAUUUAUUUUUGACACAUAACUAACUGUUGCUGUCUUCUCCGCAGAGUUCAAGGAGGCGUUCUCCUUGUUCGAUAAAGACGGCGAUGGCACGAUCACAACCAAAGAGCUGGGCACCGUGAUGAGGUCGCUGGGACAGAACCCCACAGAGGCAGAGCUGCAGGACAUGAUCAACGAGGUUGACGCUGAUGGUGAGUUCCGCCUGCUACGAUGUAGGGUGAAGUUGCACCAGGAUGCAGAUUUUUGGGUCAGUUUAGCAUUUUUCUCACUAAUGGUUAAGGUUAGAAUUGGAGAAUGGUUAAGGUUAGGGAAGGGAAGGGAAGGGGAAGCUGAUCCUAGAUAUGUACCUAUGGAAAACAGCACCCUGGAGCGGAUCCAACUAGGGUUGUAAAGUUUCCAGGUUUUCCAGAAAUCCCGGGUGGUGGAUUCCUGGAAACGGGAGGGAAUAAGCAAGGAGGGAAGGCUCCAACUGAGAUUUCUGGAAAUGCUGGGAAUUUAAGCAAGACAUAAGUACUACUCCAUCUCCUUGGGCUAUGCUCUAAUGCAGCAGUUCUAAUGCAGAUGUGUGUGUGUGUUCAGUCACUUCCCUGCUCUCCCUUCUGGAAGUCAACCCAACAGUGAUGAACAUUGAUUCUUAUUAAUCAAGUUAUUGAUGAGUUUAUCCACGGCCUAACUUGUGUUAGUGCUGGGACUGGGAGUAUUUGCAUUGAUUACAAUGACUGACUGGCACUAUUUAGGUCAGUCAGACCUAGCGACUGCCUACAACAAAGCCAGUUGAAUAACGGCAGCAGGUAAUAAUGGCCUAGUGAAAUCCAUGACAUAAUCCACUCUGAGCUCUGCUCUGCUGGGCUGCACAUUCUCUGAGGGCCCAGGGAAGGAGCUCAGAGCAGCCGUGGUAGACCCUGUUUACACACACACAGUAGUAGCCGUCCAUUCAUUCACAAUGGGGAAGUUGAAACAGCCAGUCGGGGUGCUAUACGGCCCUAUACAGUGAGGGGAAAAAGUAUUUGAUCCACUGCUGAUUUUAUAUGUUUGCCCACUGACAAAGACAUGAUCAGUCUAUAAUUUGAAUGGUAGGUUUAUUUGAACAGUGAGAGACAGAAUAACAACAACAAAAUCCAGAAAAUGUCAAAAAUGUUAUAAAUUGAUUUGCAUUUUAAUGAGGGAAAUAAGUAUUUGACCCCUCUGCAAAACAUUACUUAGUACUUGGUGGCAAAACCCUUGUUGGCAAUCACAGAGGUUAGACGUUUCUUGUAGUUGGCCACCAGGUUUGCACACAUCUCAGGAGGGAUUUUGUCCCACUCCUCUUUGCAGAUCUUCUCCAAGUCAUUAAGGUUUCGAGCCUGACAUUUGGCAACUCGAACCUUCAGCUCCCUCCACAGAUUUUCUAUGGGAUUAAGGUCUGGAGACUGGCUAGGCCACUCCAGGACCUUAAUGUGCUUCUUCUUGAGCCACUCCUUUGUUGCCUUGGCCGUGUGUUUUGGGUCAUUGUCAUGCUGGAAUACCCAUCCAUGACCCAUUUUCAAUGCCCUGGCUGAGGGAAGGAGGUUCUCACCCAAGAUUUGACGGUACAUGGCCCUGUCCAUCGUCCCUUUGAUGCAGUGAAGUUGUCCUGUCCCCUUAGCAGAAAAACGCCCCCAAAGCUUAAUGUUUCCACCUCCAUGUUUGACAGCGACGAGUUGAGUUGAUGCCAAAGAGCUCCAUUUUGGUCUCAUCUGACCACAACACUUUCACCCAGUUCUCCUCUGAAUCAUUCAAUGUUCAUUGGCAAACUUCAGACGGGCCUGUAUAUGUGCUUUCUUGAGCAGGGGAACCUUGCGGGCGCUGCAGGAUUUCAGUCCUUCACUGCGUAGUGUGUUACCAAUUGUUUUCUUGGUGACUAUGGUCCCAGCAGCCUUGAGACCAUUGACAAGAUCCUCCUGUGUAGUUCUGGGCUGAUUCCUCACCUUUCUCAUGAUCAUUGCAACUCCACGAGGUGAGAUCUUGCAUGGAGCCCCAGGCCGAGGGAGAUUGACAGUUAUUUUGUGUUUCUUCCAUUUGCGAAUAAUCGCACCAACUGUUGUCACCUUCUCACCAAGCUGCUUGGCGAUGGUCUUGUAGCCCAUUCCAGCCUUGUGUAGGUCUACAAUCUUGUCCCUGACAUCCUUGGAGAGCUCUUUGGUCUUGGCCAUGGUGGAGAGUUUGGAAUCUGAUUGAUUGAUUGCUUCUGUGGACAGGUCUUUUUUUAUACAGGUAACAAGCUGAGAUUAGGAGCACUCCCUUUAAGAGUGUGCUCCUAAUCUCAGCUCGUUACCUGUAUAAAAGACACCUGGGAGCCAGAAAUCUUUCUGAUUGAGACGGGGUCAAAUACUUAUUUCCCUCAUUAAAAUGCAAAUCAAUUUAUAACAUAUCGUUUUUCUGGAUUUUUUUGUUGUUAUUCUGUCUCUCACUGUUCAAAUAAACCUACCAUUAAAAUUAUAGACUGAUCAUGUCUUUGUCAGUGGGCAAACGUACACAAUCAGCAGGGGAUCAAAUACUUUUUUCCAUCACUGUACAUGAGGAGAGACUCUGCCCCGCCCUGUAUAUAGAAUGUAACAGUAAGAUGGGUAGACACGCACACAGAGAGAGGACAUGUAGAGUGGAGAACAGAACAGACAUGUAUUGAUUCACUGGGGAACUGUAUGUCCGGAGAGGGAACAGCUGUGCGCUCAGAGGAAUUGUCUUAACCAGGAAUCACACACAUGAUCACCCCCCCCCCCCCCCCCCCCCCCCCCGCCACACACACACACACACACACACACACACCCUUGACGAGCCAAGACUAAUCCAGGUUAAAUGUGAUCAGUGUUUGGGGUGAGUCUGCUCCAAAGAGUUUAGUCAGGCCCCCUGAAGUUCUGAUCCAGUGGCCUCCACCUCUCUCUGUGAUCCUGUCAUGGCUCCCUCUGCUUUGCAUUAGAGACAGCUCAACCCCUACCAGAGCCUGUUGUAGUGGUCUACAGUACAUAGCCCACUCUGGACCACGCAUGGCCCAUUGCGACGGGGGUUUGAAUCCCUGAUAAGCAACUUUCAAUUAUUUAUUUCUCCCCCCAUUUCAAGUUUAAAAAAAUAAAGCUUCUUUCUUCGCCCCUCCCCCCCCCCCCCCCAGGCAACGGAACCAUUGACUUCCCAGAGUUCCUCACUAUGAUGGCCAGGAAAAUGAAGGACACAGACAGCGAGGAGGAGAUUCGUGAGGCGUUCCGGGUAUUCGACAAGGUAAGGAUGGUGCCAGUCAGGUGUGUGUGUGUGUACACACUACGUGUCUUUACUGGAUGUGUGUGAGGGAUUACAUACCCUGUUUACACAGCUUCACCUCAUACAAUAUCAACUAUGUACAGUGCAUUUGGAAAGUAUUCAGACCCCUUGACUUUUUCCACAUUUUGUUAACAUUACAGCCUUAUUCUAACAUUGAUUUAAAUAAAAAAAAUCCUCAUCAAUCUACACACAAUGCCCCAUAAUGACAAAGCAAAAACAGGUUUUUAGAAAUUGACUCGAAAUUGAGCUCCGGUGCAUCCUGUUUCCAUUGAGCAUCGUUGAGAUGUUUCUACAACUUAAUUGAAGUGCACCUGUGGUAAAUUCAAUUGAUUGGACAUGAUUUGGAAAGGCACACACCUGUCUAUAUAAGGUCCCACAGUUGGCAGUGCAUGUCAGAGCAAAAACCAAGCGAAGGAAGGUCGAAGGAAUUGUCCAUAGAGCUCAGAGACAGGAUUGUGUCGAGGCACAGAUCUAGGGAAGGGGGUACCACGUUCUUUUUUGACAGUAUUGAAGGUCCCCAAGAACACAGUGGCCUCCAUCAUUCUUUAAAUGGAAGAAGUUUGGAACCACCAAGACUCUUCCAAACUGAGCAAUCGGGGGAGAAGGUCCUUGGUCAGGGAGGUGACCAAGAACUCAAUGGUCACUCUGACAGAGCUCCAGAGUUCCUCUGUGGAGAUGGGAGAACCUUCCAAAAGGACAACCAUCUCUGCAGCACUCCACCAAUCAGGCUUUUAUGGUAGAGUGGCCAGACGGAAGCCACUCCUCAGUAAAAGGCACAUGACAGCCCGCUUGGAGUUUGCCAAAAGGCACCUAAAGGACUCUCAGAUCAUGAGAAACAAGAUUCUCUGGUCUGAUGAAAGCAAGAUUGAACUCUUUGGCCUGAAUGCCAAGUGUCACGUCUGGAGGAAACCUGGUACCAUCCCUACGGUGAAGCAUGGUGGUGGCAGCAUCAUGCUGUUGGCAUGUUUUUCAGUGGCAGGGACUGGGAGACUGGUCAAGAUCGAGGGAAAGAUGAACGGAGCAAAGUACAGAGAGAUCGUUGAUGAAAACAUGCUCCAGAGCGCUCAGGACCUCAGACUGGGGCGAAGGUUCACCUUCCAACAGGACAACAACCUUAAGCACACAGCCAAGACAAUGCAGGAGUGGCUUCGGGACAAGUCUCUGAAUGUCCUUGAGUGGCCCAGCCAGAGCCCAGACUUAAACCCGAUCUAACAUCUCUGGAGAGACCUAAAAUAGCUGUGCAGCGACACUCCCCAUCCAACCUGACUGAGCUUGAUCUGCAGAGAAUAAUGGGAGAAAUUCCCCAAAUACAGGAGUGCCAAGCUUGUAGCGUCAUACCCAAGAAGACUUGAGGCUGUAAUCGCUGCCAAAGGUGCUUCAACAAAGUACUGAGUAAAGGGUCUGAAUGUAAAUUCUACAAGCCUGUUUUUGCUUUGUCUUUAUGGGGUAUUGUGUGCAGAUUGAUGGGGGGGACAAUUUAAUCAAUUUUAGAAUAAGGCUGUAACGUAACAAAAAGUGGAAAAAGUCAAGGGGUCUGAAUACUUUCCAAAUGCGCUGUAUAUAUAAUUUGCCACUGUUUGUCAAGCAGUAUAUGAUCGGUAGGGCUGUCCCCGACUAAAGAGUUGCCUGUUCUUUCGAUCAAUCGAUCGGUCAAAAUUUUCAAAUGUGUAUUUUUCCAUAUAUUGACACAUCCUGUGUUUUUUUUAUCAAAUCAACUAUAUGCACUGAGCUUGUCUGAUGCUUUAAGCGAACUGUUUGAUGAAAUAAUUAAGACACACAAAUGACUAGAGGGAGUCCGUCCAGCAAUUGAUUUGAUUGUGCCGGGCUCGAAAAGAAAAUACCCAGCGACUUACUAUGUGACCAGCACCCGUUGUCUCUCUCUCCUUCCUGCUGCAGCGACCACCACAGAACAUCAAAGUGUUUAUCGCACUGUCCGUGUUGCUGAAGCUACAACCUAAUUACAGCCAUUUCUGACUGAAAAGUUAUAGUUACCAAAAUCCCUCAUUUGUUUAGGGAAAACAAUCUAUUCCCUCAACCCUUGCUCUCUUCACCUUAUACAUGUAUGUGUCUCAUGCAUGUGACCAAUAGGGCCUGACCUAUAGUGUAUCAUAAUUACAUCAAUAAAUUGGUUAUAACAAACUCUGAACCGUAACACGAGACAGCAAAAUGGAGGCAGAGGAUGUGACAAAUACAUUUGUAACGGGGGAAUGUUUACUGGUUGCUCAGGAGGUAAAGGGGAAGUCAGAUGUGUGGAAUAAAUUUGACUAGUUGUGGAAAAUACUGGAGGUCAACAAAACGGUAAGGAGCAAGCGCUGCGUGCAUAUUAUGUGUGCCAAACAACAGGUACUGUAUAGGUGACAAUAUAAUUUUUCGGACUGUUUUGGAACAAUAUAAACAACACUAAAUAAAUUAUAAGCGUACCAGAGAGUCUGUAAUGUUUUUUGUUUGUUAAGCCUUUUAUUAGAGCAAAGACUAAAAACAGUCUCAUUUAUUUGUGAAUGCAAUUUCUGCAAUUUUCAGAAAUGUUAUUAUACAAUUGUAUUUAUUUAAGCUAAUUGUUAAAGUCUCACUUUAUUUUUAAACAAAAAUGCUUCAUUUCAUUUCAAAUCAUGAAUGACUCGUAUGCAGUGUGAUGACAUGAACGAAUGAAUGAUUGAUACAGUAGCCUAUAUAAGUAAUGCAAUAUAGACCUAAGUAAGUUACGGUAUUAAGACUAAACAGGAUGCACUCUUAGGCCUACAGCUCAAUGGUGGUUAUACAAGUCUGCCCUUCUAAGCCUAAAGCCAGGCACAUUUAACAGUUAGGCUAUUGAUUUCUAGACCUAAUACAUUUUCUUUGACAAUUAAGGCAAGGGCUGUUUUCUUGUCUCCUAACUCUGCUGCCUCCUCCGCUGCAUUGUUCUCAACACCAAUAUGCUGGUUAACUUUGCUAUUAUGCACAUAGCAACAUGGUUUAGGAAAAGGGCCAAUUCAACAGCGCACUUAUGUUUCAGAACCGUGGACAGUGACCACUAUCCAAAGCAGGAGAAAGCGCAUUUGUUAUAAAAUAAUACUUAUUUUAUUUGUUGCACCAUUGUUCUUACAUAAUAUAACCAUAUACAAUGUCUUAGACUGAUGGACUGUGCCAUCCCAACGGCAUCCACAAUGGAUCAGUCCACUCAGACAGGCUUGAAUCAGAUACGUGUCUUGUACACCAUUAUUUGAUUAUUUUCUUUGUGCAACUGCUCGACUAAAGAAAUCUCGGUCGACCAACCAAUCGACCAGACGACUAAAUGGGGUCAGCCCUAAUGAUCAGUGAUAUCCUUUAUGGUUGCUCUUCCUGCAUACAGUUACAAAGUACAGUCCCUUUGUAAAAAGACAAUCAUGGCUUUGUUCCAAUGUUCACACUAGUGUACCGUGACACGUAGAAUGCAUGUCAGUCCUAGAGUAAGCUUACUGCAAACAUACAUUACAUAAGUAUGGUAAAGUCCCUUUGGGAAAGGCAGGUUUGUUUGUUGUGAUGUCUCGCCCAGCUCACCUCCUCUCCCUUGCAGGAUGGGAACGGCUACAUCAGUGCAGCAGAGCUCCGUCACGUCAUGACAAACCUGGGAGAGAAGUUAACAGACGAGGAGGUCGAUGAGAUGAUCAGAGAAGCCGACAUUGACGGAGAUGGACAGGUCAACUAUGAAGGUAAGAAGAGGACAGUGGAACUGUCUAACUCUUUCUCUUUCGUUCUGCUUUGUAGGAGUGUACAGUAGAUCUCAGCAGUGUCCCUAUAGGGGCCUGUAGUCAGUAGAGCUGUCACCAACUCGCUCAUACUCACCAUGCUACAGUACAGCCAGUCUUGGGUUUCUGCCGCUCCCCUCAUCCCUUUCUACAGCUCCAAUUCCGCUCUUCUCUCAUCCCUUUCUACUACCCGAUGCCCCUCUUCUCUCCACUCUCUACCUCUCUCAUCCCCCUCUUCUCUCAUCCUUUUUACCAUCCUGAUCCCCUCUUCACUACCUCUCAUCCUUUUCCUGCCCGAUCCACCUGUUCUCUCAUCCCUUUCUCUCAUCCUGAUCCCUUUAUGUAAUUGGUCCGUCUCUCUGUAAUAGGAUAUUGAGCUUACAUAAACAGUUUUCAUGAGAAUGAGUUUAAUUUAAUUGUAUUAUUUUCUGUCAUGUCUGGAUUUGUCUUUGACGGACAUGUUUUUUAUUUGAUUGUCUGGAUCUGACAAAUGAAAUUGCUGCCUUGAUCAGUGGUUGGUUGUUUUCUCUUCAUUCUCCUAAUGUCUGUUAUUUUUUUUGUUCUUUUGUCCACAGAAUUUGUACAAAUGAUGACAGCAAAAUGAAGCUCCCCUACCCUUCUCCUGACCUUAGAAGACAAAAAAAAUCAGUCAAAUGUUUUACUUACCUCUUGCAAAAAUAUACAUUUAUUCAUACUGUUUCUGUAUAGAAAACAUAACUGAAUGUUGAAAAAUGAAAAAAUCUGUCCACAUAAAAGUAAAAAAAUAAAUAAAAUAAAAAAACAUUAUCUGCAUGUACUGGUUAGUGGUCCUGUCCCCAAAGAUGAGUUAGACAUCAGUAAUAACAGAAAUAAUACCUGUAAACAAAACCGUCAACAACUAAAGAAAGCACUUGGCGAACUGCUUAUUGGUUCCAGUUGCUAGUGGUAAUGUUUGGGCUGGCCAAUCGUCUUUUCUUUUCCUGUUUCUGUUCUUCAUGCAUGCAGCUUGAGACUGGCGCCGCAGUCUAGCCAGCCAAUGGGCUCACUCUGAUUCCACAGCGGUGUCGAGGGUACCGCCGUAGGGUUUUGGUACAGUCUAUAUUGAGAGAAAAGAGCUCAGAAGAGAUGGGUGGGUGGGGGGGGUGGUCAUACUAAACUCGCAUAGAGAUCAAAUGAAUGGGACCUUUGCAGUUUGCGUAAUUAAUUACAAAAAUAGAUAUUUUUAAGAAAAUUAUCAUUUAAAAAAAUUAAUCAUUUUAGAACUAUGUUUGGCAUGUUGGGAAUAUUUGGAUUUCUGUUUCCUUGUUGUGCGUUGAACUUUGGGUAUGAUUCGAGGGGGUUGGAGGCGAGCUGGAGAGUCGGGUUGUUCUGGACUCUUUUUACCUGCUUGGAGAAGUAUUUUUGGCAAGGGAACACGGUUGUACCGUCAAUGUUUUUAUCUUCUGUUUCUCGACUCUGACCAUGGUUGCGUGUGGGUUUUGAUCGAUCUACAGCGCAUCCUAGGGUCUUCAACACCAGAGUCUUCUCUAGACUGUAAAUCUUGAGUUCAGUUUAGUUCAUUCCAAGUUGUACAUGCUAGUCUUUUAAUUUUUUUUUUUUCCAAUAAAAGACCAUGAACUUAACCUUUUUAACUCCCUCCCUUUCCUUUAUGUGUGCGUGCAUGGUGAGUGCGUGCGGAUCUGUCUUGUGAUCUGUCUGUUGUGCGGGAAUUGUAUUACAUUAGAAUAGGACAGGUUUGAUAACCCAAAUAUCUCUUUCUUGAAGAUUCUGUCCUUCAACUUAUUAAUGCACACCCUCACCCGGCCUCUUCACUGACAUUAAUUACCCAUUCUGAUAAUUGCCUGACCUAUGAUUUGAUGACUGCCAUCUAAUUUUAGAUCAAAAGAUACAGCCCAUGUUUCAUUUUAUGCUAUCAGAAACCUGAAGGAGGUCACUAUCCAGGAAGUUAAGUGGCUGAGUGGAUUGGUGCGAACCCCCCACUGUUCAUUUGACAGUCCCCCCCCCCCCCCUCCAUCCUAUACUAGAUGUCGACACGUUAGCUUGAAAAGAAUGGCUGUCCUAAAAGUCUUGCAACGAUCCUGAGCUGAGCCUGCUUCCCUUCCCAGCCAACCCGAUCUACCGCUCACUGCUGCCUACACUCUAGUAACCACUUACAGCAGAGAAAGAGCUAGACUGGGAUCACCAUAGCAACACGUAUCUUUUUUGGGAGCUGUGUUACUCAAUAUGAUUACGUGUUGUGUUUCAUGAGGACUUCUCUUCCAAGCCGAGCGGUCGGAUGUCGAGAGCGUCUGCCUUCGCAGAAAGGGAGCGAGACUGUGGGUUGCCAAGCAACAGCAGCAGGCGGGCGCAUGCUGGGGCUGGGAUGACAGGGAUUUGAAAAGGCACGUGGGAGUUUGUAGAGGGAGGGAGAGAGAGAGAAAUGGAGAAGAACAUUUAUCUGCUGUUGUAUAGGGUCCUCGGCACGCGAAGCCACAGAAUCUAUUGAUUUCCCACCCUGCCCCUCCCAGUGAUGUAGGGAAGCGUAUGUGUGUCGCCCAGCUUCCAGUGAUGUAGAAUCAGACCGGUUUAUUAACUUCCUCCUUUUCAGAAGUGCUGCUGGUUAUCUCAGCUAUGUACUGCUCAACCCCAGUCAUCGUUCCUCAACAUGUAGCUGAGAUCGGCAAAGGCUUCAAGAUGGCUACACACAGUUGGCCAAUUAGGGAAGAUUUAGACAACCAUGGAUGGGCAUUUCUCUGCCUUGUGUUCACUUGAGCUGUACUGUAGCGUGUGUAGUGGCCUGGCUGCUGCUGUGCUGUUCAGUGGUGGGGAACGGAGCGCAGUGACAGGCGCGUGGGAGGAGGAGAAAGAUGCUCAGCGUGGCGUGCCAGCGGCCCACACCUCCUGGCCCCUCUGACAGACAAGCUGCACGUGGCCUGCCAUGUGCGUGUCUGUGUGUCAACUGAUCAUUUCAGCUUCCAUGUUCGAGGCAGGUUAGCAAACUCAGGGAGAUAAUUCAGAGCUGUAAAGCAGAUAUGAUGAGAGGCUAUGAUGGCACUAACAAUGGCUUCCUCUGA